UCAGGUAAAAUUACGCUUUCCUUCCCACGCCAAACUUCUAAACCUAAACAGUCUAAACGCACAGCCGCCGACUGCUCGCAUCCCACGCCAAAUUACGACCGCCGCCCAACCGCCCAACGACGACAGCAAAGCCGAUCGCCGACCGCCGACUUCUCCGCCGUGCUCGCGUCGUCCGCUGUCCGUAAAUCGACCAUUGUCCGCUGCGCUGCUCUGCCGCUCCGCCGGACGCCUACCGCCGAACGCCUAUCGCCGCCGCCUGAAAUGAAUGAGCUAUUUGGAAAUACACAUAUGGGGUAUAGGCUAUACUAGCUGCUUGUUGGGAGGAGAUUUGCUGUGUACUGGUUUGUCAAAACACUCAGCUGAGCAUUUGGGUUGCAAAAUAUAUGGCUUCUGUAUUACAAAAUAUACCAGCAGAUGAUUCGGUUCUCAUAAGGGUCACCCAUGCCAAUAUCAAGAGCUUCUCCGCCGAUAUUCGUUUCUCUCUUCAGGUAACAGUAGAAGCUGUAAAAGAAAAGCUGUGGAAAAAGUGUGGUACUUCUGUUAGUUCAAUGCGCCUUGAGCUUUAUGAUGAUACUGGUGCUAAAAUUUCAGACUUAAGUGAUAACACAAGACCAUUUGGCUUUUAUUCUCCACAUGAUGGAUAUCGGCUGCAUGUUAUUGACACUGAUCCAUCAUCAGUAACAUCUGGUGGUUGGCUGGAGGACACCUCGCUUGUGGAAAAGUACACAAUCUCUGAGGAGGCUUAUGAUAAACGGGAUGGUACCUUCAGAAAGUUCAAGGAAAAAUUGGCAUGCAAAAGUGCUACUGAUUAUGAAGCUAAAAUUUGUGACAACUACAUGGAAGAUCUCUGUGCACAUAUCAAGGUAGGAGAUAGAUGCCAAGUUGAACUUGGGGAAAGACGAGGCAUUGUGAAAUUUGUGGGUCAAGCAGAAACACUUGCUCCUGGGUUUUGGGUCGGAGUUCAGUAUGACGAACCAGUUGGAAAACACGAUGGCAUGGUGAAGGGAAAACGGUACUUCAGCUGUCCUCCCCUUCAUGGUGGGAUGGUCCGACCAGAUAAAGUAAAGGUGGGGGAUUAUCCUGAACGCGAUCCCUUCGAAGAAGAGGAAAUAUAGUUAUUGACAAGGAAGAUAUUUUAUUUGAUGUGAUCUCUGUUUGUGAUUGAAUUUUAAUGAGAUUGUUGAUGAGGGGAGUGUGAGUCCCAUCGCCCAUAUUCAUGUCCGGUGCUCAGGACUCAGGACCAAGUGCUGCUUUGUUUCUUGCAGCAUGAUUGGUUUAUUUGGAAUAAAAUAGCUUUCUCCAACAUAUACCAGCUCCAUCUUUUGUUUUCUUUUUAGAAAUACUAUUUCUAAAUUUUCCCAUUGUUCCAAUUUACUUGGUAAUGAGUACUAUUCACAUGUUAAAUUAA